AUGGGCAAUCUUCCAUACGAACUAUGGCUGCAUAUCACCUCCUUUCUGAAUGAUGAGGAAGUGUGGAUGAUGCGAUCUCUUAACAGGACUGUGCGUGGAAUUGUUUUGGACAGGCAUUUCCGGAAGGUCUGCUUAUCAAUGCUAGAUGUAUACUCCAGGGAAUACCGCAGUCGAUUUUCGCGGUUCAGCAAUAGUAAUAUAUCGACACGUGUGCGCGAGCUACACGUUUGCACCGUUGUGCCCGCUACCUCGAAAAUUGCAAAGCCGGCAUCGUCUCGAGAGAAGAUACUUUCAUUCCUCAGUCAAUCAUGGCGUAAUAUUGUAAAGAGCGACAGGGACGCGGUUUCUGAAACCCUUCAGACCUUCACGGAACUCAGACACGUGGUGCUGAAAUUUGACUUGAUUCAAGCGAUGGAUCUCUCGAAGACCACGCGCCUUUUGCAGAACUGCUUGCUUCCUUCAACAAAUCAUCUAAAUUCUCUCGAAAUGUCGUUUCCUAUCGAAUUGAUUGGGAAAACUAUACCACCGGCUCUCUUAUUGCCUCAUCUCAAAUCUUUUACUGUGACUUUAUUCACUCAUAGGAGCGCUGCAGAAGCUGAGAGACUCUUCACCACGACGGCUACGACAACACUGCAUUUCGGCAUCUACAACCUUGGGAUAUAUUUCUCGCCUGCUCAAAUGCACCUCACUACUUUAAUACACCUAAGCGUCAUCAUUGGUGAUUCAAAAACGACAUCGACUCGAGGACUUUUAGACCAAUUCGAUGUGCCGAUGCCAAAGCUUGAGGACUUUCUUCUUCGAUGUCAGUACGACACCUCUGCACUUGCAUCUUCUUCAUACCAAAAAUCCACCUUGCAAUCUACCCAUCAGCAAGUGUCUUCGUUGGUCUCCAUGAAACUGCGCAACGUCUUGCAUAACAGAGAAGACUUUCUCACCAUUUUCGAUCCAGCUGUGUCUUAUCACAAACUUAAAUAUUUGCACAUGUCACUUCAGAUUCUUACUCCGGAUAUGUUGGACAUUUUUGCUCUUCACUUGCACAAUCUUCACGGGCUUUACAUCCUUGUCAGGUUUCUCAAAUGUCGUCACAAAGGAAAUUUGAUCAUCAAUGAACAGGAAGAGAACGAAGUGAGUCGAUGA